AUGACCCCAGAUUUCUUUCCUUCGCAAGUCUCAAACCCAUCUUUUUAAAUUCUAUAUUAUGCCUUCCCAAUGCUCCUUUCCUCUUUCAUUCAGUCUUUGUCUGUGUGUUAAUUUUGGAUAGAGAAGCUCCUUUUCCCGAAAUCGGUGUCGGAUUGAACAAAGGGGAAGAAGAAGAAGAAGAAGAAACCCUAGCCAGCAACUAUUCGUAACAUACCAAAGGGGGGGUUUUCUGAAUCCGUUUCCUUUCUCUGGUUAUAUAUAAUUCAAAUUUGGAAGAUUGUUCCGUGCUCUGCUCUGAGACACAAUGGAAAGCAUACCGCACCCAAUACCGAGAACAGUGGAGGAGGUUUUCAGCGACUUUAAGGGAAGAAGAGCUGGAUUAAUUAAGGCCCUCACUACUGAUGUUGAAAAGUUCUACCAGCAGUGCGAUCCUGAGAAAGAGAACUUGUGUCUAUAUGGAUUACCAAAUGAAACAUGGGAAGUGAAUUUGCCUGUUGAGGAAGUGCCUCCUGAACUUCCUGAGCCAGCAUUAGGUAUAAACUUUGCGAGGGAUGGGAUGCAAGAGAAGGAUUGGUUGUCACUGGUUGCAGUUCACAGUGACUCAUGGCUGCUUGCUGUGUCUUUCUAUUUUGGUGCCCGCUUUGGAUUUGGUAAGAAUGAAAGGAAAAGGCUUUUUCAGAUGAUAAAUGAUCUCCCAACCAUAUUUGAAGUUGUGACGGGAAGCGCCAAGCAAUCAAAGGAUCAGUCAGCUGCUCACAACAAUGGUAGCAAAAGCAAGUCAAGUGGGAAGUCCUCCCAAUCUGGCUCUCAGGCCAAGGGAGUGAAAAUGUCUCCUCCUCCCAAAGAAGAGGAUGAGAGCGGAGAAGAAGAAGAAGAUGAUGAUGAACAAGGGGCAACAUGUGGAGCAUGCGGUGAUAAUUAUGGCACUGACGAGUUCUGGAUCUGUUGCGAUGUGUGUGAGAGAUGGUUCCAUGGCAAAUGUGUGAAAAUCACUCCUGCUAAGGCUGAACACAUCAAGCAAUAUAAGUGCCCUAGCUGCAGUAAUAAGAGGGCUAGAGUUUAGAAGCUCUGGAGGAUCUCCAACCAAACAGGACAGACAAGGUUUAGAAUGUUUGAUAAAAAUUUUAAAGUUAAGAACGUUGGUUGCCUGUGUUAGUCAACUGAACAUGAAUGACAAUGCAGACAUAAUUUGAAGUUUUGCUAGUGCUUAUUCCUACUGUGUCUAAUCUUCCUGUUAAUUGUGUUUUUAAGUAGUCAUUGGCAACAAGGACAUUAUAUGAAUAUAUCUGAUUGUUUUUAUGCAGAUUUGAUGUA